AUGAAGGCGGGUGAUUCAAGGGAGGAGUUUGUGAGACUGUUGAAGGGGGCGCUCGCGGAGCCGCAAGGUGCGCCGCAAGCAGCUGCAGCAGUCCAACCACAAGCUUCUCCUGCGCCGGCACCGGCGCCUACUACACCUCCGAGAGUAGCAGCUUCGUCUGAAGCACCAGGGAGAGCGGACAAUUCAUUGUUCCUACUACAACAGAGGAAGAGGGAGCAGGCGGCUAGCGGGGAGAGACUGCGGGUAUUGCAAUUACUGGAUAAUGACAAGAAGGAGCGAGAAGCGCGAUGGGGGAAGAAUGUGGCAGGGGGCAAGGCUUCCUCGACCUCAAUUGCUGGACAGGGGGCACCAAAGUCACAUUCACCUAGCGAAACGGCAAUAUCAUUCCGGAUGUUUGACGGCUUAAGCUUAAAAGCAAAAUUCCCCUCAUCCGCAGUCCUGGCGACCGACGUUCGCAAGUUUAUCGACGAAUACCGCACAGACGGUGACCACCCCUACAGCUUUCUGCAAAUACUCACGCCGCUACCGAACAAGCAGAUCACCAUCUCCGAAGAGAAUUCCACGCUGAGCGAGUUAGACCUCUCGCCGACAUGCACGCUCGUCCUCGUCCCCAUAUCCUCGUCGCCGGCGUCGGCUUAUAGCGGUGGUGGAGGAUCCACGGAGGGCGGGGGGAUAUUUUCGAGGAUUUGUGGAUUGCUCUACUCAAUUGUAACUACUAUCCUUGGGGUCGGGUAUCACCCGCCUAUUCCUGCUUCUGUGAAUGCUGAAUUGGGGAAGGGUCAGAGUUUGCCGACCGCGUCCUUUUCGUCCUUGUCGGAUGCGUCGACUUCGGGACAGGCAUCCUCGAGGGAAGAGGUGUCGGGUGCGAGGAUUAGGACCCUGCACGAUGGGAGGGGGAGUGACGGAGAGGAGGCGGAUAGGAAGUAUUAUAAUGGGAAUCAGGUGUGUUUUCUUGGUUUCUCUCGUGAGGGGUGA